AUGUAUCCUGCUGGUGUAGAAAUGCUGGCGUUUUGGCUCGCGCUGUGUUUGGCGCACGGGGUGCACUCUCAGAUUCGUUACUCGGUACCUGAGGAGGCGGAUCGCGGCACGUUUGUUGGAAACAUCGCAGAGGAUCUAGGACUGGACUUGACCAAAUUGGCAUCUCGGCGUUUCCAGACUGCACCGGGCUCUAAGGGCAGCCCGUACCUGGACGUGAACCUGGAGAGCGGUGCGCUCUUGGUGCGGGAGCGCAUCGACCGGGAGCGAGUGUGCAAACAGAGCGCGACGUGUGUGCUCCACUUGGAGGUGUUCUUGGAGGACCCACUCGAGUUGUUCCGUGUUGAAGUGGAAGUAACGGACAUCAAUGACAAUGCGCCGAGCUUUCCCGAGAGCGAUGUGACCGUGGAGAUCAGCGAGAGCGCCACUCCGGGUACGCGCUUUCCACUGGAGGCCGCGUUUGAUCCGGACGUCGGGAACAACGCAUUGCGCACGUAUGAGAUUACCGCUAAUGGACACUUCGUGCUGGAUGUCCAGACGCAAACAGAUGGUAAUAAGUUCGCCGAGCUCGUGCUGGAGAAACCGCUCGAUCGUGAGCAGCAAGCCGUGCACCGGUACGUGCUGACAGCAGUGGAUGGCGGGCAGCCUGCGCGCACCGGGACGGCGCUCUUAGUGGUGCGCGUUCUCGAUUCCAAUGACAACGUGCCAACCUUCGAUCGGACUGUUUACUCAGCCAGCUUAACCGAGAACGCACCAACAGGCACGCUUGUCAUCCAGCUUAAUGCAACCGACUCGGACGAGGGUUCAAACGGAGAGGUUGUGUACUCGUUUGGAAGCCACGUGUCCAGUCGUGCGCGCGAACUCUUUGACGUGGACCCUGGUACCGGUCGCGUGGAAGUGCGCGGAGAGGUGGACUUUGAGGAGAGCAGCCUGUACCAGCUGUACAUCCAGGCUAAGGAUAAAGGACCCAAUGCCGUGCCUGCGCACUGCAAAGUACUUGUUAAGGUCACAGACGUGAAUGAUAACGCGCCAGAAAUCGCGUUUAGUACUGUGACUGAGUCAGUGAGUGAAAGUGCAGCUCCUGGCACCGUGAUCGCGCUGCUUAGUGUCACUGACAAGGACUCUGAAGAGAACGGGCGGACACGCGUGGAAAUUCUAGGCGACGUUCCGUUCAAACUAAGGACUGAGUUUGGGAACUACUACACGGUGGUCACAGAUGGACCUUUAGAUCGAGAGAUCGCGGAGGCGUACACGGUCACGAUAUCCGCCCGGGAUGGAGGCGCGCCACCCCUGGUCUCCACCAAGUCGGUCCAAGUGCGCGUUUCUGAUGAGAACGACAACGCUCCCACGUUCUCCCAAGCAUCCUACGACGUGCACGUGACAGAGAAUAACGUCCCCGGUGCGUAUAUUUAUGCCGUGAGCGCGCGGGAUCCAGACGCCGGUUCGAACGCCCGAGUGACCUAUUCUGUUCUGGAUCACGAGAUCCAAGGCAUGUCUGUGAUCACGUACGUCUCUGUGAACUCAGAAAACGGGUACUUGUAUGCACUGCGCUCUUUUGAUUAUGAGCAACUAAAAGAGUUCAGCUUCACAGUAGAAGCGCGAGAUUCGGGCAACCCUGAGUUGCACUCCAACGCCACUGUGCACGUUGUAGUAGUGGAUCAGAAUGACAACGCGCCAUCUGUGGUUGCACCACUGGGUAAAAACGGGACAGCACGCGAACCUCUACCGCGAUCCGCAGAACCGGGUUACCUGGUGACCCGCAUUGUGGCCACUGACGCAGACGAUGGAGAGAACGCGCGCCUGUCAUACAGCAUCCAGCGUGGGAAUGAAGACGGCCUGUUUAGGAUGGAUUGGCGCACGGGGGAACUGCGCACCGCGCGCAGGGUCACAGCAGCCAAACGCGAUGCGCAACAGCAAAGGCGCUUGUAUGAACUUCUAGUCGAGGUGCGCGAUCAUGGCCAACCUCCUCUGUCCUGUAGUGCGCUCCUGCAGGUAGCUCUGGUGGACGGACUCCCAGCAGCAGCGGCAGCAGAGGGUCGCGGUGCAGGAGAUCGGGACCGAGGUGGCGCAUCCAGGGCCAAAGAUACCAGCCUAGAUCUCACCCUGAUCCUAAUCGUAGCCCUUGGAUCAGUCUCUUUUAUCUUCCUCCUAGCCAUGAUCGCACUCGCUGUGCGCUGUCGUAAGGAGAAGAAGCUGACCGUGUAUGCCGCCUGUGUUGCCCGGGACGGGUGCAGCCUGUGCUGCUGUUGUGGACGCCAAACCAGGGCAUCACGCGGUGUCAACAGUGUCAGUAGCAAGAAAAAGCAAAAGAAGCAGAAAAAGCUCAAUAAGUCCGACAUCAUGCUGGUGCAGAGUGCCAAUUCGACAGACGUAAGCGCGCACGGAGGGGUCAGCUGCGGUGUCGGGAGCGCGCAAGUGCCAGUUGAGGAGUCUGGGAGUUUCGGGUCACUGCGCCGUGGACAGAAUUAUUGCUAUCAGGUCUGCCUUACCCCGGAGUCUGCUAAUACCGAUCUGAUGUUCCUGAAAGCAUGUGCUUCAGAAGCAAGUCGUGGGUCAGGGGACACGGAACACAGUCCACGAGGGGGUAUACAUACUGGAUACACCGAGCAACAACAGCCGGACAUCAUCUCCAAUGGAAGCCUUCUAUCCACUGAGACCAAGCACCAGCGAGCUGAGCUCGGUUACCUGGUGGACAGGCCGAGGCGUGUAAACAGUUCGGCCUUCCAGGAGGCAGACAUUGUGAGCUCUAAAGACAGCGGGCACGGAGACAGUGAGCAAGGAGACAGCGAUCAUGAUGCAACACAUCGCGGGCACCCCUCUGGAGCAGAUCUCUUUUCAAACUGCACAGAGGAGUGUAAGGCGCUGGGGCACUCGGAUCGCUGCUGGAUGCCCAGCUUCGUGCCCACCGAGUCCCGGCAGGGUGCCGACUACCGCAGCAAUUUGCAUGUGCCUGGCAUGGACGCCGUGCCCGACUCAGAGGUAUUUGAGGGCGACACGUUCACUGGGGAUCAGUCAUUCUCCACCUUCGGCAAAGAGCCGCUCCACACAUACCAGCAUCUCCAAGCCUCCACGCUAGACACAAGAGAGCUCCAUGCACUCCUGUCUAACUCACGCUCGCCUUACAAAGCCAACUAUCUGUCGCGGAAAAGGAUUUGUUAGCUCCUUCCGUGUGGACAUAUCAGAGACGGCGUGACUUUGCACAAUCAGUCAAACUGCUCGAAGGCAUAAGCAUCAAGUUUUGAGCACCGAGUCAGACUCCCUUUCCUGAAGUGUGUAUGAUGGGCGCCGGAGCCGAACCAGAGACGGACUGAUCAGGACAGAUACCCGGGACGUAAGGACAACACACUUCUCAGCAGGACUGAGACGAAACGAGAAUGUGAACAGCUAAAAACACACAAGGAAAAGGAGACUAGGAAGACAAUGAAAGACGUGAGAGGGCGAUCGCUUCUCUCGGAUACUAUGUGUGCCUGUUUACAGCACUACUGUACAAACGUAAAGAGACAAAAGUUGAAAUCAAUUCAGUGAGCCCUUUAGAUGUUUGUACACUACCAAGAAGCCAAUUGUAUAGGAACUCUGUGCAUUAUAAAUGCAAUAUCACUCUUUUAGACAUGACUGUUUUUAUAUUUUGUGUGUGAGUGUGUGUGGUCACAUGUUUUCCCUAAAUCUGUAUUUUUUUCCUUUCGGAAAAGCAGGGGAUGAAGCAGAGUUCUUUUCUGAUUUUGUGUUCGAGUUGUACACAGGACAGCAGUGGCCUAAACUGUACUCAGAUUUUUUGCGUAGGUUAUAUCACGUGAGGUUAUAUCACGUACAAGUUUUAAAUGUACUCUUUUAAGAAGCUUCAAAAUAAAUAUAUAUCUAUAUAUCAGUUUAUAUCAAAUUAUAUAUAUAUAUAUAUAUAUAUAUAUAUAUAUAUAUAUAUAUAUAUAUAUAUACCUUGGGAGCUCAGCUUCGGCCAUGGAUUUUACAGGGGUACCUAACGUGACGGAAAGCCUUACCUCCAUAUUUUACAACCAUCCUUUUUCACUUUUGGAUAUUCACCAGAUUCAUGUAAAAGUAAUAAUCUAGAUGGGAAUACAUGGUAAUCCUGUGUUACUGUAGCCAAAAAAGGGUCCUUUUAAACUGAGAGACCAAAAAUGGAAGGUGCACCAAGUGCAAGGCAAACACAAACACAAACACUCAUACACACAUGCAAACACACCUGCACACACACACACACACAUGCACACCUACACUUUACUACAACAGGUGACCAAUAAACUGACAAGUGUAUACUGUCAAACUUGAA